AUGGCUUCAGAAAUGCAUCAAUUAACACCAGCAGGACAUGAAAUAGAAAUUAGUGAGUCAGAUAAUGAACUUAAAAAUGAUUUGCCAUUAGAAGAUUUAGAGUUUAAUAGAUAUGAUGAAGAACUACCAAAUUAUGAAAAUAUUUGGAAUUAG